AUGCAGCAGGCAAAACCACAGCUUGGGGAAGUGAUCCGAUCGUUUCCCACAGUGGGCUUCAAUGUAGAAACUCUGGACUACAAGAAUGCCCGCAGUGACAGAGAGCGUAUAUAUGAGGCGACUGAGAUGUUGCACAGGAUAAUGAGUGAGCAGUCUUUGAGAAAUGUUGCUCUUCUUCUCUUUGCAAACAAGCAGGGUUCUCCCAAUGCAAUGACUUGUGAUGAUUUAAGGGAGAAGCUUGAUCUGCAGUCUUUGACUCAGCGUCGAUGCCAUGUUCAGGGCUCCUGUGCUAUUUCUGGCAAAGGGUUGCUUGAUGGCUUAGAUUGGCUUUCGAAUAAUGUUAAGGGUUUCAGUUUUGGCAAGCAUUCGAUGAUAUCAAAAUUCACUGUCGAAGAUCUAAUUUCUAGAAGAGAUUACAAGAUUGGAUUUGAGAGGAGAUUACAAAUUUUGUAA